AUGUUGAAGAGACACGUAUGUUAUCUUUUCUCCCCACCGCUUACCAUCAAGCACCUCCCCUCGCACGGUGUCGUCAGCAGUUUAUCUCAGGCCCUGGCAGGAGCUGCAAGGGUAAAUGGGAGGAAAUCUGAUCCAUAUGGUGGCACUAUAAAGCUCACAGCUGAUUUUCAGGCUUCAUCAAAACCUGGUCAAGGCUGGAUCACUACUCAUGACUGGCAGCCUCCUCCCACACCUGGCCACUACACUCUGAGAUCUCAGUUUCUUCCCAGCAGUAUUCGCUUUUUGAUUGACCCCAGGGUCUAUCAGCGUUAAUCUUCACAGUUUAGUCCUCUGGAUACGGUAAGUUUACAGACUUGAUAAAGAAAACAUGUUAUUGAGGAGAAAGAGAUGACGAAAAAAAAAACAUGGAUUUUAAAAAAAAAAGUUCUACAUGAAGGAUGGAUGCUGCCUAAUUAUGACUGAGCAAUAAUGCAACAACUGUGUUUUGCACAUAUGUUUUCUCAGAUAUGAAGUUGCUGGGCCAGGCAGUUUUCUUGCUUUUGCUUGUGGGAAUCUGCUGUCAGAACAACCGCAACGCUAAAGCAAAGUCCAGCAAGAAGUCUGCUGGGACCCAAGGAGGUGAUGUUGUCCAGUCCCCCACAGCGGCUGAUUUGACUCCUGCAAGCACUGAAAACAUGAGAGGAACCGGAGGCUCGGCUGAAGCAGCUGGACGGGAAGGUGCUGCAGGAGCUCGAGCAGCUGGACAACAGGCAGAAGAUAUGAGGCUGCAAUUCCUAAAAAACACCCAGGUUACAUGUAAUGAUGGAACUGCAGCUGGGUGAGAUUCUCUGGAUAUUAUAUUUUACCGUAUCUGAUCAGUUUGCUUAUUGUCAGAGUGUUUGAGCGUCCAUACAUAUUUGUGGUUCUGCAGGUUUUACCUAAAGGAGUUCAGAGGAAGCCGCCGAUGGCUGUUAUUUCUGGAAGGUGAGUAUUUAGCGCCUCAACUGGUUAAUUUAGUCCCCAAAGGUCAGCUUGUUUUGGCGUGAUGCCCCCGUUGGAAUUUUGAUGGGGAUGUCAUCUUGUACUGUCAUCUUCUGUUUAUCUCCUUUUUUGGAUACUUCCUGUCGCUCUCAUAGACUUGAAACUUGUGUAGAUUGUUGUCCAGCUCAUCUUACAUGUGCAUAAACAGAACAAAAAUGCAUUUAUCAUGUUCAAGUUGCUUUCUGUAUUCAUCAACAUAUUACUCUAGAGUCUAAAAAAAGACUUUUGCUUCCCUUAUGUCUUUGUCGUACAACUCUUGUUGGUUUUCAAUGUAAGUCAAUCAACAAAUCAGACACUAAUGAAAGGAUUGUUUGUAUUUUUGACCAAGUCUAAUAAUGUGGUCCAGUCAGCAGACCAGGCUACAGGUGCAUUCCUGUCUCUAUCCAUUCCUCACGCUCUUCUAUGAUGGGCUAACAAGGGUCUCCCCUGCUGAGCCUGAUGUGAAUAUCUAAUAUUAGGCUCUUCUAUUUAAAGGCGGCUGGUGCUGUUACAGCAAAGAGACCUGCGAUUCCAGAUACCAAAAUAUACCCCGACUAAUGAGCUCAUCAGGUUGGCCCCAAACAAAAAGAGGUAGGUCAGGCGACCAACGCUCCCACAUGUGUGUCACACACAACAGCCACAUAUGUUCUUCUACAUCUAAUUAUGCCGUUUGUUUAAUGCAAACUUGACACAGCAAGUUAUCUGAUAUCAAAUCUGACUGCUGGUUUACAGGAACUGGAAUUUUGUCCUCUCAAGCUGAGGAAAACCCACACUGGCAUAAUGCAAAUAUUGUGUAAGUACUUCACUGUUUGUCUUCUUUUGUGGACCUAAAGUAUCGCAUACAGGAAGUUCUAACUUUUCAUAUUUGUAAGGUAUAGGUAUUUUGCUAUUCACACAUAAAAUAAGAAAAUAAUUUAAAAAUGACAGGAAACAGGUUUUGUUUGGAUUCUUCGUGUUUACAUUUUUCCACCAAAAGCUGCUGUCUGAUUUCCUCUCCUUCUUUAGCUUUUUUGCUGACUGAGAAAAAUGAAUCUGCCUCUUUAGCUGCUUAUUGCUCUUUGAGUUUAGUAAGAUAACUCUGCGUCUUGGUGCUGGGAAGGUAGUGCACACCGGGGUUGUGAAGCUUGCUGGUAAAAAAGGUGGAUCAGGGUGUAGAUCAACAUUAAGGCUGCAGGCUGUAAAAACCAAAACCUCAGUACUCCUCAGACGACUAUCUCGUAGAGGCAUGAUUAGAUGAUGCAAAAUUAGUGACGUGUUGGUUGCGAAUGAAUCGGUUUGGUUUGUUCAACAUAAAUGAUAGGAGCCAGCUCCCAUCUGUGGCCGUAGAAAAAAACUACAAGGCAGAAUGACGGGAUGAAGUAUUUUAAUACAUAUUCAUAUCAUAAGCCAAACAACGCUAAAUUUGGCUGAAUUAGAAAAUGUAUAAGUGGUAAAAUGAAGAGCCGUUUGGGAGCCGAAAGAGCCAGCUCUUCUUGUCGAGCUAAACUGAAUGAUCUGGCUCACUAAAAUGAGCCGUAAUUCCCAUCUCAAUGCAAAAUUGGGUUUUCAGCUGUGAAAUAUAUUCUUCCCUCAUCUUAAACACUUUUAGAUUCUGCUACUCCAGCCCUCCUUGGUCCGAUACGAUCAAUAGCUCAUUAUUCUCAUGUCUGUCACUUCCUGAUGUACGACAGGAGAAACUAGCUGAAGCCUGAGAAAGUGUAACAAAUGUGAUUUCCUCUUUUUUUUCCACAGGUUCAUCCCUUACUGUUCCAGUGACGUAUGGAGCGGCACAGGGCCCGCUCCUACUCCUCCUCCGAGGCAGCGACAGGGCAGAGAAAAAGAACGAGAGAGAAAUGUUAACGCAAGUAAAUAUCAUUAAUAUCAUUACAUAUUUACCAUGAUUAUUUCACUUAAAGUCAUUUUAAUCUAACCUCUAAAUUAUGUGAUGUGUUUUCAAUCUCAGCUGAGUAUACCUUCAUGGGAUCUCUGAUCAUCCAAGAGGUCGUCAAAGACCUCAUCCCAAAAGGAAUCAAGCAGGCGAAGGUCAUCAUGCUGUCUGGUACAAGGUGAGUUUUAUCAUCUCUAGUCCGAUCCCUGGUGAUGUUAUGCAUCUCUUUUUCCUCCCUUGGCCACCUCCAUGUUGCACAAGAGAGGCCCUAUUUUUGGUACAUCCUGUUGUCAACAAUAAAGACGUUUACAGUCAACUGUUAACAAUGACAUAAUGUCGGUUGAAGGGCCUAGCAUUGUAAUGGUGAACAUUCCUCCCAGGUUAGUAACAUGGUGCUUUGGACAUCCUCUAGUGCUAAAAAUGGAUCUGCAGACGGUACAGCAGUCUAAAUUUUGACUUUCCAGAUAUGUGCAGGCCUGUCCUGACAGUUUGAUACCACUCCUAAAUAUUGCACUUUCAAGCCAAACUUUUUAAUGACUUCUCUUGUCUCCCCCCCUCACAGCGCUGGUGGAACAGGUGUUUUGCUGAACAUUGACAGGGUGGCCAACCAGCUCGCACAACUUGGCGCAGAGACCCAAGUCCGAGGCCUUGUUGACUCUGGAUGGUUUCUAGAGAGUCAACAGCAGAGAUCCCCCAACUGCCCUGAGACCGUUUCCUGCUCACCUGAGGAUGCAAUCAAGAUAGGACUCAGGUAAAGAGUUGGACUUUUUAGUCAACUAUUACUGCUUUUGUGCAAUAAUUUUAAAGACUGGGUUUAGAUUGUAAAGUCAGCUGUCUUUUCUGUACUGUUCGGUUGUAAUUUAUUUUAUUUUGAAAGGAUGGAAGUUUCUGACCAUAGACUGUAUAUACUAUGGACAACUUGGUUCGGAUUUGAAGCCGAAAAGCUCUUGGUAUUUCUGGGUUUUUUCUCCACUUCCUGAAAUCAACAUUGCGCAGUUGCAUUGUAUGCAUUCAGCGGGAGAGUUGCUAUGGUGACGCUCUGCUCCAACAGCGUAUCCCCCAGUUGAGCUACGUAAACUUUGUACGCCCAUGGGCUGUGUCAAGUGUCAAUCAUAGAAAACAUGAACCACCUAAUAACUUUUAAAGAUGGAGCUGCACAGAAAAAAGAGGACUUGAGCACAAACCAGUCUUACAGUAACUACAUGUCAACAUCACAAGCAGGGGGGGAGAAACAUUCAUAUUCUGUGUAAUAAAUUUCUAAAGUUUGUCCACAGCUCCAUAGGGAUUGCUGGAGGAGGUGGGAUUUAUGACCUAUACAGCAGCCCGUCACCAGAGGGUGCUGUUCUCGCGGUGGCUUCACUCAGCAAGGAGGCAGACGGCGUCCAUUCUAUAUACAGUCUAUGUGUCUGAUCAUUAAAUCUGUCGUUAUUGACUGUAACAGUGUUGUUUUCUCAGGCUGUGGAACGGGGUUGUGCCUGAUAGAUGUCGGCAGCUCUACAAAAGAGGAGAGGAGUGGCAGUGCUUCUUCGGCCACAAACUGUACUCUACCUUAUCCUGUGAGUACUCGCUUCUGCUCAUAUUUACUGUGAUUCUACAAACAGCAUACUUUGUAUUCAACCUAAUCUGGGGAUGCAUUUUGCUGCAAACUUGAGUGCUUGCUUUUUCUGUAAGUCAUACUGAUAAGAGUUUAAGAUUGAACCAAAACAGUGAAAUGUUGGCAUUCAAAAGCACAAUAGGGGUGUUGGCUGUCUGUGACUGUGGCUCACGGUUUCAGUCAGUCAUCUCUUAAUUAGAAGAUUAGGCUGUUUGAUCCAGGCUCUUGCAGUCACUUGCCAAAGUGUCCUUAGGCAAAGACACAUGAUGCCCCAGAUUGCCAGCAUAGCCAGAAGUGUGUGUGUAAAUAUUUGAUUUUAAUAUGUAGACUAUUCACCAUUUUACCAGAAUAGUCCCAUUUUAAAUUAAAGAUAAAAACAAGAAGGAAAACCUCAGUUUUUGAAAAAGCUUUUAGUUGUCCUUGUUGUGUCAUUACUUUGAUUGCCAUGAUCACUCUAUUUGACAAUUUCUAACUUUAUCACUGAAAUGUCUACUGUAAUUCUGUAAUACCUGUUUUUUUUUAUUAUGUGAUUUCAUAAAGUUAUUUCAUGAUUGGUUGCAGCAGAUGGCUGUCACCAGUGAGUCUGGGUCUGUUGAAGGUUUUUGCCUGUGGAAAGAGACCUGUUUUUCUCCAUAUGCUUGCCCGCUGUGGUUGAAUGUUUGGUCAUAUGAAUAAUAAAACUUGCGUGAUUGUCCAAUUAUUCCUCUCCAAUAUUAUCAUGAGUAAAUGGAUUGGAACAACUUACAUACCGAGCCCUUUCUUUCUUUCCCUGUAGCUCCUCUGUUCGUCGUGCAGUGGUUGUUCGACGAGGAGCAGCUGAGAGUGGAAAACAUUUUCAUGGGAGGACAGAGUCUGUCUGAGGAGCAGUGGCAGUACAUACGAAACCUGGGCAGGUUGCUCAAGAACUCACUGAGAGAUGUCACGUAAGUUUCUAAAAACCUGUGUCAGAGUUUUUUUUUCUAAAGAACUGAAAAAAAAAAGAAAGAAAAGGCAGAUUUUAACUAGUGUUUUUUGUGUGGUUAUUAUCUCCAGGGCUGUUUUUGCUCCUUCCUGUCUCUCCCAUACUCUCAUUACAAGGAGGUAAGAGCAUGUCUGACUUCUCUGGUUGUUCAUACUUUGAUACCUGAUGUAUGUGUGUAUUUUUUUCUUUCCCCCGCACAAUCAUCCAUACACUGUGAGCUCAUGCCGCUGUUUUUGUCAGCCUGUCAUCAGUGACAUUCAUCACGUACCUCUUCACACUUUCCCAAACCCUUCAACAUACUCAUUAUUUUCUGCUCUGCUGUCUAAACAAAGUCAGGCUAUUUAUUAAGGGUGAUGAUUGUUUUUAAAAGAGCUGUAAUACCACAAAUUGGUCAAUGUUUUUGCAGCCCUGCACCUGCGAGGGUGAACGGAUUUUUUCCGUUCUUUUUUCUCUUUACUUACGCUAUAGGACCAUGAUCGCCAUAUAAUAAUUACCAAUCUCUCCAAUCGUCAACCAUGCCUUUAACAUGUUUCACAGUACAAAAUUGUGUUAACAUAACAUGUUCUCGCUUCAUUAGCAACUGGAAAAGUUUCCAAGUCAAAGGCAACUCCUUGCCACGUGCCCUCCAAUGCUGGGACAGAAGUCUGGAGGCAACCCGCAACAACAGGACCCCUGCUAAAGGCUGUCCUUUCCACCUGUUGGACUCCUGCCAGUGGCCGCAGUGCAACCCCACCUGCCCAGCCUUGGUUGACCAGGCCACACAGCAAGAGCUCACCCUGCUCCAGAUGCUAGUAGCCAUGGGGCUUGACCCCCAGAAGCUGGGCCUGGAUCCCCAAGGAGAAGAAGAUUCUGUGGCCAGCAUGGUCAGCAAUGGUGGCUAAGUGUUGACAUGUUUUGCCUCUAAAGAGAUUACAAGCAAAUGCUUAAUGGGGUGAAAUGUGUUGAAAUGUUACUAUAACCACAGAAAUAGAACAGAAAUCUGGUAACUGUGUCUCAUGCUGCUCAGCAUUCCAUCAUGCUUCAUGUUUCUGUUAAAGUGCAGACUUGGCUAGAGGUGGUUAUUGAGUCUGAGUUGCAGUGGUUUAGCUGUCCCUCUACUGGACACCAGAGAAAAUGCAAAUUGUACUGAAUGACAAACCUUGUUUUAGCAGAAACACUGUGCAUCUUAACAGACACCCUUUAGCUGACCACUCAACGUGAACAUUAAACUCUAAAUAUGGCUCUAGAGUUGAAUACUGAACAUUUACACUCUAUAUACUGUAGCUGUGAGCAUUGUUAUUAACUUUCAGACGAGGGAUACUCUGUACCUGCUGCUAUUUUGUUCCCACCAUAGAAGCAGUUCAUGAUGUUUUUGAGUUUUCAAAUCCUGAUUUGUACAGAAAAGCAAAGGAACAAGAGCAUUCAAGAACUGCACUCCCACUUCGUUGAUAACCGUUUUGCACACACAGGUCCACUGAUACUUGUUGUGAUUUUUUUUGUGAUAUGUUUAGUCUGUAGCUUCUGAUGCCAUGCUAACUUAUACAAAUAUACUGUAUAUUAUACAUAAUAUAUAAAACAUAUUUUAUGUGCAUGUAAAAGGAAAGCGUGAUUAGAUAUUUUUGGUGUCAAAAAUAGCCAGCAGGAGUUUGCCUGAUUGAAAUGUGAGCUAUGAUAAAAAUCAAAAUCCUUCAAAAAUAAAAAAAUAAUUAAAAAAACUUUUGUGUGUGUAACCUGAGAAAUACAUAAGAGACUAUUCCUUGUGACCCUGUUACUGGUUUAGCUCUGAAAAGACUCUUACAGCUUCAUUGUUUUGUGAGUGAUUCAGACAGUUCUCACUUCUUUUUUCAUCUAUGCACUUUUCAGUUGUGUCAGCUAAUGAGGAAUAGACCAGCAAUGACACCAGAUCAAGCUGAGGUACAAAUUAGAACAAUAAAGAUAUUGAACAUAUAUAAAUUUAGUUACUUUGUGAUUCAAAAGCUAUUGAGAAGUGCAAAAAAAAGUGCAUUAAGCAUGUUCUUGCACUUUUACAACUCCAGUGUUGUCUAAUUUGUUCAUAAAAACAUAUUUUCAUGCAUCGUUAGUCAUUUAAACCCUAUAUGUGUUUGAAAAUAGUGCAAAGAUGAAACAUUAAAUGGUAAAGCUGAAAAAUAUCACUGUGACAAGAAAAUAUAUGCACUAUUUGAUGCUGGUAAUAUUUUUCAAAAAAGUAAAGACGGGGCACUUUUGUAGUAUUUAAAAAAAAAAAAAAAACACUUGAAGGAACAUCUUCCCAACUAAUUAGGUUCAUUUGCAGAGGGUUAGUGGGUAUAAAAAGGCAUUUCAGGUUGAGCCGUUUAGAUGUGAAGACAGGAAUGGGUUAAUGAAUGCGUGAAUAAUUUCAGAAUAAUGUUCCUUAGACUAAAAACUGAGGGGUUGAUCAUGUUAUUAAUUAAUGUUAUUUUCAGAAAAGCUGGACUAAGGGUCAAGGCAGAAAACUAGUACUGAAUGAAAGUGAUCCUUGGGUUCUCAAGUGGCACUGCCUAAAAACAGAUAGGCCUAUGGGUAUUAAAGGGUAUAAAGGAGACACGUAACCAUAGCUUCAACAAUAAAUGUUGAAAACGGACUUUAACCUGUUUUGCUUUCUGGAUCAUGGGGACAGCAAGUGUGAUUUUGAAGCAUAAACAACAACAUGUUUGACGCCCAAACAUUUAAGACUUUAUCAUAUUCAACUCCUCUGUCUUCCCCUUUCCCUCCAAAAGUCUAGGUGUUAUUGUGCCAAAUAUGACAUGGCUUGCAGGGCUAUCAAUAAGUACUUAAAUGUAUCCAGUGAGUUGAAUUUAGCUUUAAAUAACGCUUGAGAAUGACAUAAAUGUAUAGUAGUAAAAAACACACUAUAUUCCUACAGUUUGGAUGCUUUGAAUCCCUUUUUGAUUCUGGGAAUUAACCAAACAAACGUACUCGGAGUGGAUCGUGUGGCCAACCAUGUUUUUGCAUGCAAUUAUUCAUCCGCAACUACAAGUGGCGCUGCUUCAAACUCUGUACAAAUUCAAACGAAGCCAACUCAGUAUUGUAUAUAUAUGUAUUUUUUUUCCAUUAAGUUUAUUGAAAAAUACGAAUUCAUUUUAUUACAGGGUGAUAUUGAUAACAGAUGAAUUUGCAAGAAGUAAAAGUUAAUUCGUCAAAAAUGUUAUCUAAAAUAUAAAACUGUAUAAAAGCUGUGUAUGAUAAACAAAAAGAAAAUAGUCAUUUGAAAUAUUUUUUAGCUGCAGUAGAGCUAUGUUUUUGAUCUCGCCUCAUGGUUUAUUUUUGGACAUGAAGGGAGUCAUUUUAAGGUGGUAAUAUUAUUUAAAAGCGUUAUAAUGCGAUAAAACUAAACCUGUUUGAAAUCUUUUGUAAACACUCAACCCGUUUAAAAUACAUCACCGUAACAUCUUUGAAUAUUUCAUGAGCUCUUUGGAGAUAAAUAACAUUUCUUUACACACAAAAAAGUAAAAUUUUCUGACCGGUCGGACAUCUCCGCUUAAAAAAAACUUGAUUUUUUUCCCAUAUUGCAUUGCAGGUUUUUUCUACUUCCUCUUUCCGCCAUAUUGCAGAACCGGUAAGGUGCCUUUUUAUUCCGUUUAUGUCAAUCUACUAAAUAUCUGAAGCAUCGUAACAUUAAAUGUACCGUUUCUGUGUUUAAUCUGUAGCGGAUGAAUAAAGUAACAGUUCUAGUCGAGUAUCGUCUUGAUUAGUUGGUAGAUUUUGGCUUCUUUAAGCUCUAAGGUUCCCCUCGCAGCUCCUCUGUCCGGCCCAGAGCUUCGGUGCCUUCAAGGCGGCUGGGUAACUAUUAGCUUCGCGGCAGAAAACACGCGUGUUCGCAAGUUAUUCUCGUGGAUUAUCAGAAGAAACUCGCGUGUAUUUCUCUUAUAUAUAACGGACAUUGUAUUGACUGUUGUAUAUAUUAGUGUGAGGGGAUGCUAAGGUGGCUAUGCUAAUCAGUUGACUGGGCGCUCGUAAAGGACCAUGCUUUUAGUGAAAGUCCUCCUGAGACAGCUUUACCGUCUCUAAACUGCAGAUACAAUAAAAUCCCACGGUCACAGUAUGUAGACGAGCUGGGAAAAUAUCACCUAAAGUGUUGUUUCGAAGUAAACUAGUCUGCAGGAGACGUAGAUGGCUAUAAAACGCUGUUGGCUGUCUGGGACUUGGUGGAUCCCAGAUCUUAUUGGUGGAUCUUGUGCAUCUCAAAGAGCUUAAUGAUAAUUUUGAUCAUAUUCCUACUGCAGAAGGGAACAAACUCAUGGUAACUGAGGGUGGUCACAAAGUAGGAUAAUCCCUGUAACGUCAUACGAAGUGAAGGAAUCUGACAGGGACUCAUUUAGAGAUUGAUGUAUGAGGCUGUAAUGUGAGAUUUUUGUGUACCUCUAACAUCUAUAUUAGUCUAAUAGUUUCUUAAUUGUGUCUGCAGGCAUCAUGGUGCGCAUGAACGUUCUCGCAGAUGCUCUGAAAAGCAUCAACAAUGCUGAGAAGCGUGGGAAACGCCAGGUCCUCAUCAGGCCCUGCUCCAAGGUGAUUGUGCGCUUCCUAACCGUCAUGAUGAAGCACGGUGAGUGUCAACGAGUGGAAUAAAAGUUGUUAAAACUGGUGUCAGGAAUUUCUUUUUGCAUUUGCUUGUUUUACAGAGGAGCUGCUAGACGCACUAAAUGUUAGCGUCGGUUGUUGUUGAGCUCAAUGGUGUUCUUCAUCAUUUUUUCAGGUUACAUUGGUGAGUUUGAGAUCAUUGAUGAUCACCGAGCCGGAAAAAUUGUCGUCAAUCUCACAGGCAGGCUGAACAAGGUAAAAAUCUUCAUCUGAUCUUUCUAAAGAAUCUUAAAACUCAUUUUUAUUCCUUGGCGUUUAGUUCAGCAUGAGAGUUGUGUGAUCUUUGUCCUUUUAUGUCCUGUAUGGUCCUUUUAUCACUUUUAUUUCUUUCAUGCUUUUGUGUUUUUAUUUCAUUUUAAAUGUUUAUUUUUUUACCUGCAUUAAUUUUUUUCAUCUUGAUGUUUUCAGGAUUGUCUGUUCCUUUAACUUUAUUGUGCAGCACUUUGGUCGACUUGAAUGUUUUUUAAAAUGUGCUAUAAAAAUAAAGUGUCCGUUCAGUGUUUGUUUUAAAUGUUAAAUUCAGGGAUUAAAGUUCUCAUAAAUCACAUGAGUACAAUCUUAUUUGACUUUUUCAAAAAUUUAAUUACUAGAUAUAGUAUGUAUAGAAUUUAAGAAUUUUUUCCCCUUGAUUUCAAAAUGUUUGCAUUAGCUUUGUCACUUACUGGAGGGUGAUUAUUUUGAGUUUUUUGUUUGUUUUUUAAGCGAACAUGUAAACUCGUCUUUCUGUUGCCUGCUUGUCCUAGAGUUCAUUUUUGGUGCUUCAACAAGAUUUUUUUUUUCCUUUCAGUGUGGUGUGAUCAGUCCACGUUUUGAUCUCCAGCUCAAGGACCUGGAGAAGUGGCAGAACAACCUGCUGCCCUCUAGACAGUUUGGGUGAGGAUCAUUCUCGAUUAUUUUUAAGCCAAAAGAUGGUGUUUGGCUUGUGUUUAAAAGGGGGAGACUUGAGUCACCGCAGUCUUAAUGGUCUUGAUCAUUUUCUUCCUUGGCUGUUAAUGUUUGACUCUCAAGUGUGUUUUCAUGUGUGGUUGCUUUGGACAACUUUACAAAAUCUCCAUGAUUCCUAAUUCGACACAGAGGCUUGGAAAUGAGGUUUUGCUGAUGGUUUUGAUCAAGGAUUGUUAAAGUGUAUUUUCGUUUAAUAAGUGAUUUUAAGUGAACUUUGUAAACAUUUUUAAAUCAGACUUUAGCUGUUUUUGCACAGAGUUAAGCAGAGGUGUGUCUUUUAAAACCUCUUAGUCUCAUUACCAGAGUUUUGAACUUUGGUACAAUAUUGUAAAAGAAAUUGAAACAGAAAUUGAUUCUUGUUUUAAAUCACCUCUCAAAAGUUGUUGGCACUUUUUACUAAUGUUUAACAUUCAGGUGUUUUGAUUUGAUUUCCAAACCGACCAUGGUGCUUGUAGAGAGUACGUCCUUGUCGGUUAUCUUGUUUUCUUCUUAAUGUGAUUGUUCGGGGUGUCGGGUAUAGCUCAGUGCUUACUGAAGCUCACUGUCAGCUGUCAUCAGGGCAGAGCCAAUAGGAAACCUGCAGGAACUAGGAGAUGUUCUCUCUUGUCUGCUGACAGCGAAUCAAGAAUUUGGGAUUAAUCUCUUGAAAAGACAGCCUCCCCCUCCUUCUUUAGCCCCGUUACACCUGCAGCGAGCUAAAUCAACAGGUGUAAGCAUAUAUUCCACUGUAACCACAUCUGUGCAGGUAAAGAUCUCGGUUCAGAAGAGACUAAAGCGAUGCCGUUUCUCAUUUGUGGAGUUGUAAGUAAAAAGAUGUCUGCUGGUGUCCCUGUAUUGCAAGUGGACGUACGUAGCGAAGUGUUUCGGUAGUGAACUAAAUGUAAUGCAAAUGUUGAGAAGGGGAGCGCAGGCAGAAUGUGCUCUCACUCAUUUACAUCAUUAUAUGUCAGGGAUAAGUAAACACGUGUCAGGCCUCUGUGUGGCCAUAGAGAACAGAAUGAAGUGGGCCCCUCAGUUGAUCCCUGUAUCAUGAGGUCUUGAUCCCAGAAACCUGGAUUCAGUGGGGUAGCUGGUGUUUUAGUGGAGAAACAGUUGCACGUUUGUGAGUGUGGCGAGAACAGCCCUCAGAAAAGAAAAAUCAAGUCAGUGUUUGUUUAGAAUAUGUUUAGUAAAAGUAAAAUGUCUUUUUUUUAUCUGUAUCAAGAAUGUAUUGUCUUAUCACGCCUCUUAAAGAGAGUCACACCCUUUCACUGAUAGCAGGUCUUUGUUAUUCUGAUCCAGCGUUACAGUUAAAGUCUUUGGCGAUCUCAAAGGAGAAUGUGGGAAAGCUUUAGCUGUGAGAACGGUCUGAUUCACCACCAGAGUGACUCUGGUCCUCAGUUUGAACCUGCUGAAGGCACGUCCUUAUUGAGUGACCCCUGUUUCAGAGUCGUUGAUUUUCAAUGCUGCUGAAGAUGAUACUGUUCAUGGGAGCUGGCCUCAUGCAGUCAUUGAAGUGACGCUUUUUUAAGCUGUUGUCUUUACUGUGUAGGAGGUUCGAUUUUGACAGGACAAAGACAACGUGGGGGGGACAUUAGCUCUUAAAAAUUGAGCAGACGCUAAGUUUGUACCUGGAACAGUUCUUAUGCAUUUUAUCCCGUGAUAAAAUGAAGCAGCAGGGUUGUAACCCACAUUUAUUUUGUCCUAGUUUUGUAUUUCCUUUUAGUUGUCAUCAAUUCAUAGGUGCACAACAUAACUCCAAAUCUGGUGUCUUAUUUUCAGUGUGAAACCAGCUGAUGGUUUUGCGUUUCUGUUUGAUUGAAUGGUCCCAACACACUCUCAGUUUGCAUAAAAUAUGUGAAGUUCUGUUGAGAGGCAGAAAAAUGGCUUUAUAUUAUGGUAGAUAAAGGCAGGCAGCAAUGUGGGAGGAGUGUGUGGAGCAAAAACUGCUGCACUUUUAGAUGAUGAGUGACAAAUCAGAUAAAGAACUUAAAGAUUACUAAAUAUCUUUCAGUUUAAAAAUAUGUUUUUUAUUUAAACUCAAGUGGGACACAAAGUCUUAAAUCAAGCCGUCUUUUGGUUCCUGUUCUAUACAGACCUUGUGUUGAUUUAAGACAGGGUAUCUGCUCGGUCUUAAAAAGUCUUAAAAUGUCAAAAAUUCAAGAAUUUUAAUUUAAAAUGUCAGAAAUUCUCUUAAAAUCUCAUAAAAUGUCAAAUAUGAUUUUAAAGGUCUUACAAAUGUAUUAACAUUUCUUACAGAUGAAUAAUGAACAAAGAUUGAUUUUAAGAAAUGUAAAAUGAGUCUUAAAUUGAAUUCAUUAUGGUCUUAAAGUCUGAGAUGUGACUUGUUGAAUCCUGCAGAGACCCCGGUUAAAGGAUUUAAGUGUGUUACUGUAGUAAUCACAGGGGAUGCAGUGAUUUUUAGUUUUGUGUUAAAUGAUUGAGUACGGCGUCAACAGUCAAAUAAACUGUACCGCUGCUGUGAUUCUUCCAAGCGUCUCCAGAAUUCAGGGUUUCUGACAGGAGGUUUUUGAAAUCAGGUUUUCAGGACAUCUGCAGGUCAAGAUGUGAUGAUACUUAAUAUCUUAGUAUCUGUGCUGAUGUUUUCGUUGAGCUUGAACUCAAGUCUUGUUGGUUUAAAUUGGCAGCUGUAAGACAUGUUAGCAUUUAGGCAGCCUGUGUGUUCAUAUAAAAUCGCUAUUCUUUGCUAUCUGACGGCUAAUGAUGCAGCGAAUAAGGUUGGACCAAUGACGUGAAUGAUCAUGAUGCAUGUUAAGUUUUUACUAAACGUAUAAGCAGCUUUAAAGUCACUUAAGUCCAGAGUUUUGCAGAUGUAGGCAGUCUAACUCUGUCUGUUUCUAUGGUUACAGGAGGCUCUGAUACUGAAAAUUUCUUGCAACCUCCAGUUUAUCAAAAUGAAGAUUCUACCUUUAAAAAAAAAAAACAUUUUAUUUUUUGUAUUUGCAUGUCUUGUCAUGAUGGUAUUGAAGGAUAGGUGGAUUGCUGUUCUGGGAAACAAUUUCAGACAAAUCUGUCAUUUCGUUUGUUCGAUCCGUCAGUCAGAAAACUAAGUCAGUUUUUGUUUUAUUUGCUGACAGUGUUGACUAAUCCCUGCAUUCAUCAGUUUUCCUGUCAAGAGUUGCCUACAUUCAAAGAGCAUCCUCGUCUUAAACUAAACACUCAUAGACUGAUGUGCCGAUUCUUUGUCUCCACAGAUACAUUGUGCUGACCACCUCAGCUGGCAUCAUGGAUCACGAAGAAGCCAGACGGAAACACACAGGAGGCAAAAUCCUUGGAUUCUUUUUCUAA